AAGAUGUAUGGUUUAUUGUAUUAAUACUUAAUGUCAUGAUGCUACCUUCACAAAAUACAAUAUAUUUUUUAAUUUUCAAAAAAUGCUUUUAAUCUAAUCGUUAUCUGAUUUACUGUAAUAAAUAGAUGUCUUGUGUCUCUGCUAUCUAUCUCAUUGCUUUAUAAUGCUCAGUUUCAUUUCCUUCUCUUUCUGCUGGAAUUCAUGCCAGAUAAUUACCUUAUUCUUCUAUUAAUAUUAGCUUUUAUUUGGUCCUUCCAAGUAUUUAGAUUUAAAGUCAUAAGUGUUAUCUUCCUGAAUAUGUGCUCUACUCUUCCUUUUUGGACUUUUGGAUGCCAACAGAAGGAUGGACAUCACAUCUUUCGUGAGUGGAUUGAGAACAGAAGAUAUUGGCAACACCAAGCGUGAGCUUCUUUUGUGCCUUAAGAGCUCGCUUCCUGAAGAAAGAGUCCUUGUUGCGGUUCUUCUAAUACAUCUUGAUUAUAUGGAAGAAUCCCGGAUUCAUAGUCUUUACAAAGAGGAGGCUGUAAAGUGCAUUGUAAAAGCUCUCGAGUGCUGUCUGUUUGAUAAGAUGUUUAUACCGAACUGCCGAAGAGCCCUUCUCAUGCUCGGCGGCCGUUUCUCUUUUUCUGGAGAGAUUAUAACCGAGACUUGGUUGUUGAAGAAAGCUGGAUACAAUUGUAAUACUUACAAUGAUGAAGAUGAUCAAACAAUAUCAGAGGAAGAGUCAAGGAUGAGAGAAGAUUGGUUGAAGAGCGUGGCUUUGAUCCUGCUUCAAUAUGGGAAGAAGUCGUUCCAGGUUACUCUUUCCAAGUGCUGGAUGCUGGGAAAGCCAGAUCUAGUAAGCGCUUGCGUUGUCACAACUGCAUGGCUAAGCCAUGCACUUACUUAUCUCUCUGUUCCUGCAUUACAGCGCUCUGCUUUUUCAGCUUUCAUGCCAAGGCUGAAAGAAUGCCUGAAAUUUGAUCUGGAUAUUAAGCUCAAGGUACUUGCUUCCUUGAGUCUUCUCAACUUCAGCAAAAUUUUGGAAUGUAGAAUCCCUCUGAUAAGCUAUGCAGAUGAGAUCCAUGAUCCUCUCAAGAGCCUUAGAGAGGUAACUUGGACGGCCAAGCAUCUUUUCCAUGACAUCUUUGAGGAAACUUCAUGAUAUAUAUGGAAGAAGCACUUCUCAUUCAGUAGCAGAUUCGUUUGUAAAUUUCGAGCAUAUUUUUUCAGUGCAAUAUGAAUAAGAUAAUGUUCAGGAGCAAAUAUAACAGGUAACUCUAUUACCUUGUUAGAUUAUUGUAUAGCAGAAAAAUCCUAUCUUGCAUGCUUUGAGUAACUAUCCAUUUUCACU